UGUUGGGCUUCAGUCAUGCUAACUAAUGGCAAAGAAGAGGUGAUAAAGUCAUGUGUAUCCCAACUAGAACUGAAUGCUCAAGUCUUCUGUCACAGUUCUAAAAACAUUACAAAAACAGAAUGCUGCUACACCGACUUCUGCAACAAUAUAACACUCCACCUGCCUAUAGAAUCUUCAAGCAGACCAAACCUGGGACCUGUGGUGUUGACAGUGAUCGCUACUGUGCCAAUUUGUAUCUUGUCUAUAGCUGUAAUGCUGAUUGUAUAUACAUGUCAAGGCCAUCAUUGUACAUUCAGAAAGAAGAAGCGACAAAAUAUUGAAGAACCUCUAUCUGAGUGCAACCUUGUAAACUCUGGAAAAACUCUCAAAGAUCUUAUUUAUGAUAUGACAACAUCUGGGUCUGGAUCUGGUUUACCUCUAUUGGUCCAAAGAACAAUUGCAAGAACAAUUGUUCUUCAAGAAAUAGUAGGAAAAGGCCGAUUUGGUGAAGUCUGGCGUGGAAAAUGGUGUGGGGAAGAUGUAGCUGUGAAAAUCUUCUCCUCGAGGGAUGAAAGGUCUUGGUUUCGUGAGGCAGAAAUCUAUCAGACAGUUAUGCUGAGACAUGAAAACAUCCUGGGUUUCAUUGCUGCUGAUAACAAGGAUAAUGGAACUUGGACUCAACUGUGGCUUGUAUCUGAAUACCACGAGCAAGGCUCCUUAUUUGACCAUUUGAACAAAAAUGCUGUGACCAUUGAUAGUCUGAUCAAGCUGGCACUUUCAAUAGCUAGUGGUCUAGCACACCUUCAUAUGGAGAUUGUUGGUACACAAGGCAAACCAGCUAUUGCACACAGAGAUCUGAAAUCUAAGAACAUCUUAGUGAAAAAAAAUGAAACCUGUGCCAUUGCAGAUUUAGGACUUGCUGUGAGACAUGAUGCUGUAUUGAACACAAUUGACAUACCUCAGAAUCCUAGAGUGGGAACAAAGAGGUACAUGGCUCCUGAAAUACUUGAUGAUGUAAUGAACAUGAGCAUCUUUGAGUCCUUCAAACGUGCAGACAUAUACUCUCUUGGUCUGGUGUACUGGGAGAUAUCACGAAGAUGCUCAAUUGGAGGAAUCAUUGAGGAGUACCAGUUGCCUUACUAUGAUGUUGUGCCUUCGGAUCCCUCAGUAGAAGAUAUGAGAAGGGUAGUUUGUGAACAGAAACUUAGACCAAAUAUCCCAAACCAGUGGCAAAGUUGUGAGGCACUCCGAAUCAUGGGUAGAAUAAUGCGUGAGUGCUGGUAUGCUAAUGGGGCAGCUCGACUGACUGCGCUCCGCAUUAAGAAGACCAUUUCACAGCUCUGUGUACAUGAAGAUUCCAAAGCCUAAAUGGGUGAUUUGGGGGAAGGAGGAAGGAAUCAUUCUCCAUCUUUUUACAUGUGAUUU